AUGAACAACUGCAUUGACGAAGUUAUUGAAUUUCCACUGCCACGGGAAGUUGAGCGUUACAAACUGCUGAAGCUAUACAGCCUAUACUUGAACAAAUACCUCUGUGGUGAAGAAGGCGGCAAGUCCAAAUGUGGACAUUUGUUUAAGAAGAAACCGCAGAAAAUAACCAUAGAAGAUCUGCCAGAUGAUGUCUUACGAGAGGCUGCAUGGAAAACAGAUGGGUUUUCGGGUCAUGAUAUUGCAAAACUCAUGGCUAGUGUUCAAGCGGCGGUAUAUGGACGCCCGGACUGUGUUCUAGAUUCCAAUCUAUACAUGAAGAUUGUGGAUUACGAGGUUCAAGAGCAUCACCAGCGAAAUAAAACUAGCAUCUGA